GAAAAAUGGAGAAGAUAGGUGACUGGGAUAGGAAGAGAAAAGGAAGAAAUAGAGCUCUAGAGAGAUCUUUAUUUUCAAAGGAAAAGAAGCAAGAUUAUAAGCAUUGAUGUAGUGUGCACUAUAAUAUCUUUGGAGAGAUAAUGUAUGAGACUCCACUGGAUCCCAACUCUGGAGAAAGUUUUAAUUUUGGUUGAUUUUACUGUCGCUUUAAAAAAGGAAGAUAUUUAACAUUUAUACAAAAAUUAAGAUAUUUAAAAUUCUUUGAUAUUAACUCAUUCAUGCUCCUUAAUUUUAAUCCCUUAAAUAAGCUUACUAUGAGAUUUAUGGAUUUCUCAUUCCCAAACAAUGUUAAUGAUAUUGUUUUUACUUUGCAAGAUAAGAUUAUAAUGAAGCCAUUAAAAUGCUUUAACUCAGUAAUCAGGCUGAGUUCCAAAGUUCUCAAAUAAUGCUUUGUUUUAUGAAUUCUGAUUCACAAACAGCCAACUUAAGAGACUCAUUCCAGCUUAUAAGCAUGUACGAAUUUUGAGUUUGGAAGCGUGCAAGCUAUCAGUUCCAACAGUUCCUGAUUUCUCAAACGCACUUGAGAAUUCAAAGAUCAAGAAGCUUAUCUUGGAUGGAUCAGGACAACCUUCAUGGAGCGAUUGGGGAAAUAACCUUGAUGAAUUUAAGAAUCUGAUACAAGGAUUGGCUACCUCUCCGGAUUUUAAAUCAAGUCUUGACACGGUUAAAAUCAGAAAUUGUAUGAUCGAGCAACAUGUAGCUCAGGAAAUCUUCUUAGAAUGCCAAAUUAUGAGAGUUGAGAUACUUACUAGAGUUUAAAUUUACCCUAA